AUGACGCAUCACUGCCUUGACCGCGGCGACCCGGCAGAGGUCGACGGUGCCGUAUCCUUCAAGGGCCAACGCAUCUCCUAUGACGAAGCCAGCGACCGUAUGCGCUGCAUUUACACACCCAAGCUUCUCUUCCAAAGCUCCUCGGAGCUGCGCAACUACGGAUUCUGGGGCUUCACGACAGGGUCCGAGUUUCCAGAACUCUCACCAGCCGACGCUGCGCAACUCGAUGCCGGCGCCGUGCACGCGCAUGUCGACGUGCGACCGAUUUCAAUUCCUGGCGUCGGAGAGCAGCUCGGCUUGUUUGCGACGGCACCGAUCGCUGGCGACACGCUCCUUGGUGAAUACACAGGCGUCGUUCAGGUCGACCGAGGCGACGGCUUCGACAGCUACGGCCUCGCGUACCCGUCGGUCUUCGAAGAUGGCAACAUGGUUGUGAGUGCAAACGAGUACGGCAAUAUCAUUCGAAAACGCUAG